AGCACGAGAACUCAACUCCAUCGUUCUCCGAGGAGAGGCAAAACUUUAUCGCGACGCCCGUCAUGGCGCCGAGGCUGGAGCGCGGCGGCAGGGGCUUCCAGCUCCCGAACUCCGAGCUGGAGGACUCCCUCUUCCUCCGUGCCCUCAUCUCCGUUGUAAACGGAGACGCCGUCGUCCCCACGCUGCACCUCGAGCCAUCGUCCACGCCGCACUUUGCCGCUGCAGUUCCUGCGUGCGCCAGCUGCGGCGUGGACGGGUGCAUCGGCUGCAUGUUCGUCGCUGCGGCGGCGACGGCCGACUCGAGCAGCGGGGGCGAAGAGUGCUCCGCCGCGAGCUUCGUGAAGGACGGCGGCGUGGGGAAGAUCACGCGGAGGAGGAGCCGGAGCAAGUUCGGGGGCGUGAGGCAGCGGUCGUGGGGGAAGUGGGCGGCGGAGAUCCGCGACCCGCACCGCGCCGUGCGCCAGUGGCUCGGCACCUUCGACACCGCCGUGGAUGCCGCCCGCGCCUACGAUCUCGCGGCGCUCGAGUUCCGUGGCCACCGCGCCAGACUCAACUUCCCGGACGCGGCCGCGUCGUCGUCGUCGGCGGCUUCUGUUUCUGAUUCUUCUUGGACGGCUGCGCAGUCGUAGAACUAGCCGGGCAGUCCUCGCGAGACCUGCGGGUAAAAAUGUGUCGUCACGGCUACCGGACUAGGUAGAAAAAGGGGCGAGGGAGCAGAAGAUCAUGAUGCUGGAUGAUGACAACUUCGUGAUCCAUGUUUGGAUAAUUUAUUCAUUAGCAUUUUUGAAAGGAUGUUCUUUAAUCCGAAUCAAUAUUCGUCGGUGAGCAUGGCCACCUGUAGUCGGUGUAGCCGCCUUCAAAGGCAGAGGACGUGCUUCAAAAUUUGCCCCUCUCCUUUCAUGCCCGUGACGCAACUCCCUCUUCUUCAGGUUAUUUAAUUUUCCCGGGUUAACUUUUUUUUUUCUGACAAUUUUCAUGAGUACUCCCUAUGAAAAGAAAUAUAAGAUCGUUUAGAUUAGUACA